AUGACGCCCCGCCAGAUAGCGGCCGAUAACGAGGACACCCGCCCCGGCGAAGCGGGGCCCCCGUGCCCGCUGGGGCGGGACGCAUCGGACCAUCUGGGUACACGGGGUCUUCGGCCCCCGCCCCGCCUCGCGCCGCCUCCUCCCGGGCCCGGUGCCAGGGGCUCCGCUGGCCCGGGGCCCGCGGCCCUGCCUGAGAAACUCCCUGCCGGCUCCGGAAGGCCGUCGGGAGACAAAGAGCCGCGCGAGCCGGGCCCGGCAGCUCGCCGGCAAGCAUGGUUCCUUCGCUCACCGCGCACCCACAGCACACAGAGGGAGGAGCGCACGGCAGAGCCCGGUGUGAUGGAGAGGCCGUGUGCCCAUCCCCACGUGCGCUCGCCCCCAGAGGACACCGGAGCCGUGAAGACACAGUCCGCACUCGCCCGGCUCUCUCCAUGUGCCCAGCACGUGGCAGGCCGCACGCGUGUGCUGGGGACUCGAGGCUCUGGGGACCUCACGAGCAGUCCAGGGGCCGAGCCGGAGGCCAGCGGCCAUCUCCCGACCUGCAGUGCUCGUGAAUAUGCAAGUGGUGAUAAUUACCGUACCCUGCACACGAAGACCCUGCCCACGCAGACCCUGAACACUGCAGACCCUGAACACUGCAGACCCUGCCCACUGCAGACCCUGCCCACUGCAGACCCUGCCCACUGCAGACCCUGCCCACUGCAGACCCUGCCCACUGCAGACCCUGCCCACUGCAGACCCCGCCCACUGCAGACCCUGCCCACUGCAGACCCUGCACCAGCACAGACCCUGACCACUGCAGACCCUGCCCACUGCAGACCCUGCCCCCUACAGACCCCGCCCACUGCAGACCCUGCCCCCUACAGACCCCGCCCACUGCAGACCCUGCCCACUGCAGACCCUGCACCAGCACAGACCCCGCCCACUGCAGACCCUGCCCACUGCAGACCCUGCACCAGCACAGACCCUGCCCACUGCAGACCCUGCCCACUGCAGACCCUGCCCCCUACAGACCCUGCCCACAGCAGACCCUGCCCCCUACAGACCCCGCCCACUGCAGACCCCGCCCACUGCAGACCCUGCCCACUGCAGACCCUGCCCACUGCAGACCCUGCCCACUGCAGACCCUGCCCACUGCGGACCCUGCACCAGCACAGACCCUGCCCACUGCAGACCCUGCCCACUGCAGACCCUGCCCACUGCAGACCCUGCCCACUGCAGACCCUGCCCACUGCAGACCCUGCACCAGCACAGACCCUGCCCACUGCGGACCCUGCACCAGCACAGACCCUGCCCACUGCGGACCCUGCACACUGCAGACCCUGCCCACUGCAGAACCUGCCCACGGCAGAACCUGCUACAGCCAAGCCGGGCCUACAGAACAAGCACAUGCACGUGGGGACCCACCCUCGCUUGCUCACGCUUUCUCUGGGCGACAGUGUCUUCGCGGGGGCAGCCUUCCAACCCGCGAUCCGCCCGCUUCCGUCUCGCAAGAGCCUGUGGUCUCGGGUGUGCGCCACGGCCUCCCGCGCGUCUGUCCCUCCAGACUCAGAGCGGUCCCUGAGGCACAGCAGCAGCGAGGCACCGCGACUCGCACCCGUGGCCUUCGCGCCGCUUCGUGAAAGCCACAGUGACCCACGGCUCACGUCCCGGCACGAGGAGCCCCGAGCCCGCGCCGGCGACGGGCAGGGGAUCCAGCGCUUUGGGCCACGCGCCACGGCCGGCUUUCUGACUCCUACAGGCUCUGAGCAGCAGCUGGCACCGGGGCCCCCAUUGUGCAGGGAGGAGGAGGCCUCGGUGCCGGACUUCCGAGCAGCCCCGGCUGAAGGUCAGCCCGGGAGGGGACGAGGCCCGGGCCGGCGGGGUGAGCCAGAGCCUCCGGGAACUGAACGUGCCUUUGUUGGGCGGCGCGAAGGUCAGACGCUGCCAUUUGAGAUCGCCUAG